ACGAGGCCACGAGCUGCAGCAUGGCUAGUGUCAACAUUAUUAUCCUUGCUGUGUCCGCCUUGCUCUUCUCCUCGGUGCUCGCACUCUACCUUCCCACCGCCGCCUGCGCUCGCCACGACGCCGUGCUCAACCCCAAAGAUGGCCUGAACUCUGCAGGAGGACUGCAUCACGUGGUGGUUAGUGGCGCGGGGAAGGCUGGCCCCGUAACUGGCGCCGGCGGCGGGUCAGGGCCUACAACGGCGGAGAUGCGCGCGGACGAUGCGGACGCUGAGAUGCAAGGCCUGCUCGAGACGGAUUACGCCUGGAGGUGGGGGAAGCGACCGCGCACCCCGCCAUCGAGGUCGAAAUGAAAUGAAAAC